UUUUAAACGUCUUAAGAAACUAUAUUGUGGUGAGUGGUGACAACUGCAACCACCUUCUUCACUUGUUGUCUUGGAUCUAUGGAGAGACACAACUUCUUGCUUCAGUUGGUCCUAUUAUGCCUUCUUUUUCGGGUCAAGAUGUGUUUUUCCAGAGCUAAUUAUCAUCAAGCUGCUACAGGUUCUGCAGAACAAUCUAAGGGCAUACAAAUAACCCACAGAUAUUCAUCUACCGAUAAUCACCAAAUUCUUCUCCUGGACCAAGACAGAAUUCAGUCUAUGAAUUCCAUAGCAUCCAACCAUAAGUACAAUAUAGAUAAGAACGGUGAGGGUACUAACCUGCCCUUAUUUGGUCCUCCUUUAGGUGCCGGAAAUUAUCUUGUCACGGUUGGUUUUGGCACCCCCAGGCGUGACUAUAAGCUAAUCUUUGACACUGGCAGCGAUCUCACAUGGAUGCAGUGCCUUCCAUGUCCUGUUUGCUAUGAUCAGGAUGACCAAAUUUUUGACCCUUCCAAAUCCUCAACUUUCUCCAAUGCUUCCUGUAAAGUUGCAGCUUCAUGUGAUUACAAUAGCACCUAUGGCGAUAAGUCUUUUUCAAGGGGAUACUAUGCCAGAGAUACCCUUACAAUUUCACCCUCAGAAGUGUUCCUAAACUUUGUGUUUGGUUGUGGAGAAAAUAACAGCAAAAGCUUUGGUAAAGCAGCUGGGCUUCUAGGGCUUGGUGGAGAAAAGGGUCUUUCUCUAAUGGCUCAAACUUCCACCAGUUUUGCCAAAAUCUUCUGCUAUUGUCUCCCUCACUCGGAUUCCUCAACUGGAUAUCUCCUGUUUGGUAUUCAGGCACUUAAAACUUGUCAAACUAGUAAUUUCACACCACUAUUAAGUGACGCCAAAAGGCCUUACUUAUACUUUGUGAAACUCCUUGGGAUAACAAUUCGCAACCAAAGAUUGAAGAUUUCUUCAACAAACACAAUAUUGGAUUCAGGGACUGUCAUCACUCGCUUACCUCCUUCAGUGUAUUCAAAACUUCGUUCAGCAUUUAUGAAAUCAAUGUCCGGAUACCCAAUUGCACCUCCAGUAUUGCCGCUGUUAAGCACUUGCUAUAACCUGGAAGGCUACCAGAACUUCACCGCCCCAAAAAUGGUGCUGCAUUUUGAUAAAAUCAGCGUGGAUUUGGAACCUGAAGCAGUGAUUUGGGUAGAGAACAAUGCUUCGCAGGUUUGCUUGGCUUUCGCAGGAAACAAAGAUGAAACAGAAUUGACCAUUAUUGGUAAUCAUCAGCAGAGGAUGCUCAACAUUCUUUUUGAUAUCAAUGAAAGAAAGGUAGAGUUUGGGGCUGGUGCUUGUGGCAAUUGAUGGGCUGAGGACCAUCAAUCCUCUAUCACUUGUUAAAACUUGGGUUAUUGUUAUAGACACCCCUAUGGUUUGGGUAUUUUCUAGGUACACCCCCUAUAGUUUUAAAGAUUUGAAAAACACCCCUUCUACUUUCAUUUCUCUCGUGAGGUUAAUGGGAAUAGCAAUUUAUAUCUUUUCUUA